AUAAUCCUUUCUAUCAGCAGUUGACUUUGAACUAUUUUUUCCUGAAUUAUAAGGAAAUACGAGUAAAUUAAUGAAUUAUUCUAAAAUUUCUAAUUUGUAUAAAAUUGGGGAAACUAGAAAAAAUCGAAAAUUGCAAAAUUAGUCGUAAAAACCACCCCGAAUUUGCACUACACCCCACCACUUUCGCAACCUUGACCAUGCAAUUGGCAAGGGUGGGGACCAGCGCAAAUUUGGAAAAGGGUCUCCAUUGGUCACUUUCGAGUCGCCUAAGGACUCUUAUAAAUUCAGCACUUAUCAUUUUGACUUAUUUCUAAACUUGGAGCGUACAGUAACGUUCCAAAUUUUUUUGGUGUUUUUUGAUUCGAGAUUAGGAUUAUUUCUUCGUUUUCGAAAUGGAGACCCCCGGCGAGGUGUUGGAUUUGUGCGUCCGCAAGCGCCCUCACUCCCCGGAGCCCUACCCUCCUAGAUGCCCCCCGAUCUAUGAGCCAUCGUGCCAAUACAGCCCCGUCUCCAACAGCGACUCGGAAAAUUCGGAAGUCUCCAGUAAUUCCUACACGCCGAAAAUAAAGACCUGUCGCCCCUUCAAAGCCUACAUCAAGGACCCCCUUACUCUCGCUCAGGGCUUAGUGAGCACGGAAAUGCUAUUGAAAAAGGAUUCCUCCGAGGCGUUCAACGAAUUCCGAACGAAAAUCUUGGCACAAGUGCACGGGACCAACAACGGAACUAAUAAAAACAUGCGCAGGUUAUCCACGACGACACAAAAUAAAAACGAUGAUCCCAGUUAUUGGGAGAAACGGCGGAAAAAUAACGAAGCGGCGAAAAGAUCCAGAGAUGCCAGAAGAGCUAAAGAGGAUGAGAUUGCCAUCAGGUGCGCCUUUCUCGAACGGGAAAACUGUCAUCUGAAAUUCGUCACGGAUACGCUCAAGAAGGAGCUGGAGAAGCUACAGAAAAUCGUCUAUUUGAGGGAUUAUCAUAAUAUGUAACGGAGGGUUGUUUACGGAGGAUAACUUGAAUGUGAUUUUAUUCUUGUCAGAGGAUUCGAAAUCGCGCGUGUGCGAAGUAGAGUGAGGUUUUUAAAUUAUUUUUUUAUGUAUUUAUGUAUGUAUGGAAAUUUUUUGUAUAUUUUUGUAUGGAGCUACAUUAUAACUAUUAUAAACGAAUAAAGAGAUUUUAUAUGAUUAUAAA